AUGGCAACUCAAAAUGUUGAUUCUGGUCAUGAAGACAUGGUUCACGAUGCUCAAUUUGAUUAUUAUGGUAAAUUUUUAGCAACAUGUUCAUCAGAUAAAAUGAUUAAAAUUUUUGAUGUAGGCGGUGAAAAUCCACAACACCUUGUAGAUUUAAGAGGACACGAAGGUCCAGUAUGGCAAGUUGCUUGGGCACACCCAAAAUUUGGAAAGAUUUUAGCAUCAGCAUCAUACGAUCGUAAAGUUAUUGUUUGGAAAGAAGUUGGUAAUAAUAGUUGGAGUAUCAUUCAUCAAUAUGCAGGUCAUGAAUUAUCAGUAAAUUCAAUCUCAUGGGCACCACAUGAAUUUGGUUUAAGUCUAGCAUGUGCAAGUUCGGAUGGUUCAGUUACAAUUCAUAAUUAUAAUAAUAAUGUUUGGGAAGCACCACAAAAGAUUCAAGUAUCACAAAUUGGUGUAAAUUCAGUAUCAUGGUCACCAGCAGCAAUACCAACAUCAUUGGUAAAUAGUGCCAAUACAAUUAUUCCAGCACCAAUUAAACGAAUUGUUACAGGUUCAUGUGAUAAUUUGAUAAAGAUUUUCAAGAAUGUAGAAGAUAAAUGGAUUCUUGAUAAACAAUUGGAAGAUCAUAAAGAUUGGGUUAGAGAUGUUGCAUGGGCACCAAAUAUUGGCUUACCAUAUUCUAAAAUCGCAUCUUGUUCACAAGAUCGUUCCGUCAUUGUUUGGACUCAAGAUGAAAAUGGUGUUUGGUCUGGUAAACCUUUACCAAAAUUCGAUGAUAUCGUUUGGAGAGUUAGUUGGUCUGUCAUUGGUAAUAUUUUAGCUGUUUCAUGUGGUGAUAAUCAAGUAACUCUUUGGAAAGAAGGUGUUGAUUCUGAAUGGAAAUUAAUUUCUCAUGUUGAAAAUAAUUAA